AUGGAAUACGAGUUGUUAGAAAAGCUAGGAAGCAUUACCGAAUAUACAGAAGAACUUAUUUAAAUUUUAAAGGAGAUUUCUAAGGAUAUUCAUAAAGAAUUUUGGGAUAAUUUUACGAAUAGAUUAUCAUUAUACUUGGUUUCUUUAACAUGUUAAACAAAAUACUCAUAAUUCCUUAAGCAGAAUACAGUUGUUCCAACAAUUAAGAUCAAUAAAAAUUUAUCAAAACGCUUCCAUGAAUAUAUUCUAGAUUUAAUUACUGAUCUUCUUCUCAAAAUAAUGAGCUGUAGACCAUAAAGCUGUGAGAAAAUAUGUGAGUUAUUUUUAGAUCACUUUGAUGCACAUAACUCAUGUCUCGGAGGGUUAUCUAUUUUCUACAAGCUCAUUUUCUUUUCUGAAGAACUGAUUCCUUUUAUGAGGAAUUAGACUGAAUAUUAUUGCUAGAUUAUAGAACUUUAUGAAAAAAACAUCACUCGAAUACUUAAAGAUGCUGAACCUGAUGAAAGAAUAUUUUCUUUAAAUAAACUUUACUCUCAGCAAUAAAAUUAAGUACAAUCAGAGCCUGUUGAUUUUCAUUCUUAACUUUCAAAAUAUAUAGCAAAUAAUUAUCCUUAUUUGUAUAAUCAAACAGGAUCUUAUACUCCUAAUAGUGCUCAUCCAAAUAAUUUUAAUAAUAAUUCUGAAAGAGGAAAUCAUAGCUAACAUUAUUCUACAUGCAUUUAUCAAUAAAUAAUGCAAUAAUAGUAAUAUUAAUUGAAAAAUCAUCAAUUAUCUUCUGUCUCUCCUACUCGAACAGAAAAAUUGGUAGAAUUCGAGUAAACAAAUCCCUUUUUACAAGGUACUAGAAUAUCUCAAGGAGAUCUAAGCAAUUUAAAUUAUACUAAAACAAAUAUAAAUACAACUCAAACUAGCGAUCCUUUUAUAUAAAAUACACUUAAUUUAGGAUAAACAUAGCAGAAUCUAAAUGCUUUAUAGUAGUCUCAUAAUAGCCAAUUUAAUUAAAAUAUUGCAUAAGAUUAAAAUAUUAAUAGUGGAGGUAGUCCUAAUAUUUUAAAUACUAGAAAUCCAAGCAAGAGGCAUAGCAAAAAUAAUAACUCUAAUGAACUUACCUUGACUGAAUAAAAUGAGAAUUCUUCAGAAAUAAAUAAAAAUGUAAAUAACUAAAUACAAGGAAAUACUUCUAUCCCAAUAAAUACAAAUAUUCCAAACUUAAGUAAUUAAAAUAGCUCAGAGUAAAGUUCAUUUAUGUUUAAUAGUAAAAAUUCAAAAGCCCCUAAGAUUCCCCCAUUAAAUUUACCAUAAACAAAUAGCGAAAAUAUAGGAACCUUAACUCGAUCAACACGCAGGGCUGAUCCUUUUAAGAGUUUUUCAACAAAUUCAAAUAGAUUUUCUAACUCGAUUGACAGUGGAUUCAAAGAUCAAUAGAAUAAUUUUGCAUAAAGAUAAAUAGUCAACUUUCCUAAAAGUAUUAAUGAAAAUAACUACUCUAUGAUUGAUGGUGAUAAUAGUUACUUUUUUGAUGACAAAGAUGAAAAAGCAAUCAAGAGUAUGUCAGCUAUGUAAAAGAUGAGCGAAAUUGCCCAAAAUCUUGGAGAAUAUAAUCUAACAAUAGAUUUAGGUUGUCUAUUAGCUCAAAGAAGAAAAUUCUAAUUGGAUUAAGUUGCUAAAAUAGCAGUUUUUUAAGAUGUUGAUAGUCUGAUAGAUUUAAAAAUUGAUGAAAGCUUUAUCAAACAAAAAAUAAAAAAAAGAAAAAGAGAUAAAGGUAGCUCUAAGAAAGCUGAAUUUAAAUAGCAGUAGCAGCAACAGAUAGAAUAAGAAUAGAUAACUUUACUAGAUUCAAUAGAUCUUAAAGAAUUGAAUGUAGUUGUUGGAUAGGAUAAUUUGAGCAGCAACACUCAUAGAGAAUCAGUUUCUUCUAUGUCUUAAUUGCAAAAUUAACAAUAGCAAUAAAUGAUGCUUAUGAUGAUGAAUGCAAAUAGAAAAAAGAAAAGCAAAACUGAACUAAAUAAUAUCAGAAAGAUGUUAAAGAUUAUUUCAAAUAUUAUUUUUAUGGUUUUAAAAGAUUUGUCUGAUUAAGAAAAAUAAUUUUUACCUUCUCCAGUUAAUUGCUUAUACUCUUAUUUAAGCAGUGAAGUUAACUCAUUUAAUAGAAAAAAAGACUUAAUUAAAUUUAUGUGUUCAAGGAAGGGCUGGGAUGAGUACACUGAAAUAGAAUACGAGUCUUAAAAAUUAAAUCUAAUUUGUGAUGGAUUCGAAACAUUUGCUCAUGGAGAUAGCAAGUAAUAUGAAAGAAUCAUGCAUGAUUUAUAUAAAAAAAAGUUUUAACCUUAAACAAAACACAAUAUUAAUCAAUAAGUAUAAAUAGAUUUUCAAAAUAAAAUAUAUUCUAAUUUCAACAACAACUUUUCUAAUUAAUCUCAUAACGUCUAUGACGAUUAAAACUACAAUUAAAAUAAUUAAUACGCAAGUGAUGCUAUCCAUGAAAAUUGGAAUGAAAAUUUUUCUUUGGCAGAAAUAGAGGUUUCUUUAGAAUAAAUUACCUUGCCUGAGAAUUUGGUUUAUUUUAAAAUAUUAGAUUUUUAUUCUAUUCAUAGUGAGAAAAUCCAUUAGAUAUUUUCACUUAAAAAAGGAAUAUUUACAUAAAAUAUAUAGUCAAUAGACUCUUCUUCUCUAAAAGAAAAUAAGUAGAGUGUUCAAAACUAAGUUACAGAAGCUAAGUAAUUUUAGGUCAAUUUAUUUGCUUAAAAAAAUUAAAAUAAAAUGCUUUCUGAAAUUAAAAUCUUAUCUGUCAAUCCCUCAUCAGAAAUAAAUUAAAAUUCUUAUGUUAUCACAAAUGGAGUAUAGAUUCCAAUCACAUUGAAUUCUGCAAAUGAAAUUCGUUCAAAAACAAAUGAGUUUUUACAUAAGUUUGAGAAGAAAUUUAGAUGGUAUAUAAAUAAUAUGGAUAUGAAUUCAACGUUAUAUUUUGAAAUAGAGAAAGAAUAGCUUGAAAUUUUAGAUGGGUUUUUAGCGAACUGCUCUUCUAGGAUUAUAUGCUUUGAAGUACUUGAAUCUUUGAUAGAUUGCUUGUUGAUGAUAAAGAGGUAAUUUAUUGAGCUUUCCAUUACUCCUUCAUAAGCUAGCUCAAGGACAGGUACUAAUUCUGUGAGGAUCACUACUUUAAUAUAAAAUAAUACUUCAUUGGCUAGACCUACUUUUAGCCUUAGCAAUUCAGCUAGUAAAACAAAACAGAACCAAAAGUUGUUGAAUAAUACUUUGAAUUCAAACAACAGAAUGAACGGAAACAGAAUUAUUUUAGAUUCUCCUACUAAAGAUGAUUUUAUUUCUUCUUAGCUAAACAUCCAAUAGGCUUAAUAAAAUUCAAUGCUAAAUUCUUAACAUAAAUUUUAAUCUUCUUACAAUACAAAUGGAACAUUUAUGCCUAUUAGCAGUAAUUUAGGUUAUAAUUAAUAAAUUCCUUUUGUAAUGAAGCAUAAGGAGAUUUUUGGAAACUAUAUAAGCAUCAUUUCAAGAAUUAUGAUAAAGGCUCCAAGAAAUGAAAUGUAUAAAUUGCUUAAUUAAAUUUAUUUCAAAAAUGAGAAUUGGAAAGAGCUUAUUAAGAUGUACUCAAUAGGUAUUUUUAACGAAAUUAUUGCAUUUUGCUCAGAAAUAACUCCAAGCAAUAAAAAUAAUAACAAUAAGCAGAGCGAAAAAGAAAAUAAUAAUAGUGAUAGUACAACAAAUCAGUUACCAUCAAAAAGCAAAAAUGAAUCAGCAGCAAAUAAUUAAAAAACUUCAUAAAAUUAGAACCAAUAUCAUUUGCAAUAGGAGCACAUCAAUUUAUUUAUAUGUGCUUAAAAGCUCCUCUUAUACUUUAAAUCAUCUUUAAUAAUGUGUCAGAAUAUGAUAUUUAGAGAAAGGCUUAAUGAAAAGAAGACUGAAAAAUCUAAAGAAUAUAAGUAAUUUAUUAGGUAACUAUUGCAAGAAAUGCUAUUUUUAAUACGCCCUACCAAUGGUAUUUUCUACAAAUAUUUAACAACUAACUCAGAAAUCAAUAGUGUAAUCAUAUAAAAUAAUGCUAAGACUAAGUUACCUAUGUCAACAGUAUUAAGGAUUAAUCUUUAUAAAUAAAUAUUAGAAUUUUUGGGUCUAGCUUUUGGUUUUUGCAGUAAUUAUUCAUGUCUUCUUAAUGAAGAUAUCAGCUCGUUCUAUUUAAAAUUUAGUUUUACUAACUUUGUCAAAUUAUAUUCUCACUCUAAUUUGAAUGAACUAAAUGAAAUUUCAAAUAAAAUAAGAUAAAUUCAAUAAAAAUCAAACUCUAAGCAAGAAAUUUAGGAUAAUAUCAAUCAAAUUUUAAAUAAAACUUAGAAAGAAUCACCUUAUUACCAUAAUAAUGAAAUUAAAGGGAACAAUGGCAAUUAGAAUUCAAAUAAUAUACCAGAAGAACAUUCACAUUCUUCGCUAUAGAAUUUGUAGAAAUACUACCAUUAUUUUAAGAUAGAUCUUUUAAAGUUGUAUAUCAAAGUUCUUUUUACCCUUUCAACAACAAGAACCGAUGAAAUUACAAGAAAAUUCUUUUAAUACAGGAUAGUAGAAUUUUUCACAAGAGAAAUAGACUUGGAAUUUGAAAUUACUUAGAUUAGAGAUAGGUUUAUGAAAGUUCGUAAUGAAGCUAAAAAAUAAAUGUAGCAGUAGCAGCAAUAAUAGCAACAACAAAACUCUUAAAAUUAUAGCUAAAGGUCACCUGCUAAAUCAAAUUAAUCAUUUAAUAAUCAAAAUAACAAUAACUAAGGAUCUAACUCAUCUCAUAAUCCAAUUUAAAAAACAAUUUAAAUCAACAGUAAAGUACAAAUAAAAGCUCUCAAUUUAGAAUCAAAUAAUAGCAACGAUCAAUCUUAAAAAUAGACAUCAAGCGAAAUCCAAUCUAUAACUAAAUCUCUUAAUUAGCUUGAUUAUGCCCAAAAUAGCUCAGAAAAGUAGAAAUUAUUCAAUCAAAAGAGAUAAAAUAUCAACAAAUUUAGUAUAGGAUAAAAUAUUGAUUUAGGAAGUAGGAAAACUCCUGGCUCAUCUGAUAUGCCUUCAGAUGGUCAAAAAAGAAUAUCUAUGAAUAUUUAAUUUUAAAACUCUAACACUUAAAAUUAGUAGAAUAUUCCUAAUCAAUUGGUAAGUAAUAUUCCUUCUGAUUAAGAUUUCUAGUAAUAAUAAGAAGAUAAUAACAUAUAAUUUUAAAACACAUUUGUUGAUAAAUUUAGUUAAAACGAAAAUAAAAUGACUGAAUAAAAUUAUGAUCAAAAUAUAGAUAAUUUAUCAUCUUCUUCAUCUGAUGGAAUUCUUUUUAUCCCACCUACUAAACCAUAAAUGAAAAUAAAUAUACCUCUAAUUUAAAUUCCUGGCUAGUAACAUGCUAAUAAUGUCAGUUAAAAUAUUGCUGAUAAUCAAAAUCUAGCUAAUUGCAGAUAAAUAACCUCACAGGAGUAAUCGCCACAACCUUAAUUUGCUAUCAAUAAUGGAAUCGCCUAAAAUAAACCUAAUCUAAAGUUUUCUCUGGCUGGAAUUCCACUAAAAGGUGAAUAAGUUAAAGCUAACUCUGGAUUGAACUAUAAUAACUUACCUGAAAAUUAAAAUAAGAAUGAUUCUUAUAAUAUUUACAGUCAGGCAGACAAUUAACUAGAAAAAAAGAAAGACAAUAAGAGUAAAAGAUCUGAAGAAGUAAAUUAAGAUGCAAAUUAAAGCUUUGAUUAAUACAUGGACAGUAGCAGUAGUAGCGAAGGAAGUUACUAAAUUCCUUUAAUUUCGAAUCCUGCACCUAAAAUACCUCUACCAGCUAUUAAUUUAAAUAAGCUUAUAAGCGGUUCAAAUUUGCCCAACUCAGGAGAUAAUACAAAUAAAGCUUUUAACCAAACAUUAAAAAAUAUGAAGAAAGAAAGUAAUGAUAAUUCUAUUCACCCAUUAUCUAGCACUUAGAAAUCCAACAAGCCUUCGUUGAGCUUAAAUUUAGGACAACUUUCGAAAGGAUAAGAAAGCAGCUAAAAAAGUGGAGGAGAUCCCUUCAACAAUCCUAUCACAUAGGAUUGCCAUCACUCAAACAUAAACUCUAAAAACUCAAACACUAAUAACAAUAGCAACAAUACUGGUUAUGAAAACUUAGAAGUUGUCUUGAACGAAAACAUAUUUUAUUACCAAGAACGUAAAUUGCGUAAAAUCUAUGCAGAUGAUGAAUUACAUGCUUAUGUUUUGAGUACCAUAUUAUCACUUUUACUUACACCUACUAGAGGUACUUUAGAUGAAUUGUAUUGCUCAUCAUAACCUAUGCUUGAUGAUAAGCAAAAUGUGCUUUUUUUACUUCACUUUCAUCUUAAUCAUCCUUCAAAUUAAUCUAUUUUACCUUACUUGCUGCAAUAAAUAUGCCACAUAAAACCAUUUCCUGCAGGCUAAAGAUUACUUAAAUUGCUUUGUGCUGCCUUAAAUGAUUUUAGUAUUUAUACAGACCUUCAAUUUAUGGCCUCAGGCUAGUUUGGCAGUAUUUUUGAAGCCAAAACAAAUUUAUCUGACCCUUAAAUAGUCGCUAUAAAAUAAAUGGAUUUGCCUAAAAGUAUUUAUGAUAGAUGUGUCUUGCAUGAUAUUUUUAACGAAAUUACAUGCCUAGAGCUCUUUAGAUUUGACUAGUGCGUGACAGAUCUAUAUGACUAUGGGUUAGCAGAAAAUGACUAUAAAAUUAUAAUGAAGAGAUACCCAAUGAGUUUAAAGUAGUGGAGGUAAUAGUAAAAAAGUGAUUAAUUUACAGAAAAUCUUCCUACUUAUUUAAAUAUCUACAGAGAUGCUCUUAAAGCAGUUCAGCUUUUGCAUUCAAACUCAGUUAUUCACUAUGACAUCAAGGCAGAUAAUAUACUUUUAGAUUUUCCAAACAAAUCUGAAAACGGAAAUCCAAACGAUCAGUCAAUAAAAGUAGUCCUUGGUGAUUUUGGUGUGUGUAAAAUGUUUAGAAAUGAAGAAGAUGAGUACUGCUUAGUAUCAAAAGGAACUUAAUUUAUACAAUCGCCUGAAAUGCAAACUUUAGCAAUUUAAAGUAAAAAAGAAGGAGACAAAUAUGAUAGAAGAAAAAAAGUGGGCACGACAAGAAGCAGUGAUGUUUGGAGUUUAGGUUGCUUGUUAUAUGAAAUUUUAACAAAUGAAUUUUUAUUUUACAACUAAAAUGAAACUGCAUUUUUAUUUAGAGUAACAUCAAAUACAGAAUAAAUAUUGACUUAAGAAAAUCUAGAUAGAGUACAAAAUAACAUGUAUGCUAUAGAUUUUCUCAAGUACAUUUUAGUGAGAGAUUAAUAAAUUCGUCCAAAUAUUGAUAAUGUGAUUAAAAGAUUUGAACACAUUUAUGCUUAAAUAGUUAGUAAUUCAAGUCCUAUAUCUACUUAUGUGCCAACCAUCACUAAUCCCUAAACACCUUCUAUUCCUUCAAAUUGGAGUUUUGAGACAAUUAUUAAUAAUUAUGUUUAAAACAUUCUUUUCCCUUCAGACAGUGUAAUCAACUCUCCAACCUUCAAUCCUAAAAUAAAUCAAAAACUAAAUAUAAAGCAUAUACCAAGUCUGAUAAAAAUUAUGGAGGAAAUAUAUAUUUGCUCAUACGAUUACUUUAUUGAGCAUUAAGAUAGAUUGAUGUUGUCAGGUAUCACACAUGUAAUUAGUGAAUAUUCGCUCCUAAGUGAAUUAGAUCUAACUAGAUUUACAUAUCUACUUCUCGAUUAAUCCUCAAUUGAAAAUAAAAUGAGUUCAAUAUUUAGACUCUCUCCUAAAGUUAUGGAUUAUUUAAGAGAAAUCUUUCUCUUUAGAGGUAAAAUAUUGUUUGUAGAGGAUAAUGAAAUCAAUAUUUUCUCACCACUUGAUAAAUUAUUAUUGAGAAACAUCCUUAUCUUUUGUCUAACUUACUUCUUUAAGUGCUCAGCUUACGAAACGUUGACCUUAAUCAACUCUUAGGUACUGUUCCUUUAACUUCCCUAUUAUUGUCUGAAUUAGAUUAUUUAUUCGUCCUCUCAUCUUUUUAAGAUUGAAAAUUAUCUUGACACUUACCCAAAAGCUUAGUGCAUUUGUGGUUGUACAACAUUUGUGCUUAAAAAAAACUUUACAUCUUCUAAAAAGAUGCCAUAAAAAUUAUGUAAUUGCACUAAAGAAAGUAAACAGAAUGAAGCAAGUUUAUGCCCAUCUGAUGGAUGCUCUGAAUAUCUGAGAUUCAUAAGAAAACGCUAUAAAUUAAAUUGGGAUGCUCUAAAAUGGGUCAUGUUGUAACCAAACAAUUUCUUGAUUGGUCCAUUUGAUUGUGGAUAAAUUUAAGAAGACUCUCAGAUUUAAGUCAUCCUCAACUCAGAAGGUCCAACAAAAAAUAUAACUCCAUACUACAAUAAUGAAUAAGAAUAUAAGAAUGAAUUCGGUGCAGCUAAAGAAUCUGAGUGGACUACUUAUAAAUGUAAAGUAUGUCAUAUGUGGAUGUUUUCUAUGAACAACAAAAACCAACAAAUAGUUUUUAUUAUGAAUAAUAUGAUAAGAAGAAACAGACAAGGUAUUACAAUAGCAAAUAAUUUUAGUAACCAGAAAAUAAAAACUCCUAUUUUACGUCAUUUUAAUUUAUAUGAAUUAAAAUGA